UUCUGGUUAUUUCUGUUGUCCAUCAUCUGCUUCAUAUUCCUAUGUGCUGUGAACCUCUGGCACUGCUCUCAUCUGCAGAGGAGAAGAAGGAUGAGAGGAUGAAGACUGACAGUUCAGAACCAGCUGAAGAUGCUGCUCCUGGGCCAAGUCUAGCAGAUGAUAAAGAGUCAAACUCUUAUCCUAGCCACAAUCUUAUGGUGUACCAAGAGCCAGUAUCUUUUCCUGAUCCGAAUCUAGUGGAUGAACAGGAGAUGGUCUCUAAUCCUGACCCCAAUCUUUCGGAUGACGAGGAGUCGGCCUCAGAUUCUGACCCCAGUCUUGCGGAUGACCAGGAGUCGGUCUCAGAUCCUGAUCCCUGUGUAGCAGACAACAAGGAGUUGGUCUGGUAUCCUGAUCCCUAUCUGGUGGACAACCAAGAGUUGGUUUCGUAUCCUGAUUCCUAUAUAGCAGACAACCAGGAGUCGAUCUCAUAUCCUGAGCCCUAUCUAGCGGACAACCAGGAAUUGGUCUCGUAUCCUGAGCCCUAUCUAGCAGACCAGCAGGAUCCGGUCACACAUCCUGAUCCAUAUCAAGUGGAUGGCCAGGAAUUGGCCUCAUAUCCUGAUCCAUAUCUAGCAGACAACCAGCAGCCAUACUUGUAUCCUGACCCCUAUCUAGCAGAUGACCAGGAGUCUGUCAGGUAUCCUGAGCCCUAUCUUUCAGAUGAUGAGGAGUCGUAGAAGAGGAGCAGCAGUCAUUCCUGUCACUCGUCUGCAGGUCAGUCAUUUCCCAGAAACACUGAAUGCAAGGCAGAAAUGCCCGCUGGAUGUGACACCAUGCGGUCCAUCAAGUGGCCUUCCUAAUUGAGAAAUUGGGGUUAAAAUUUGAAAUAGUAAUUGGAAGAAAAUACCUGGACUGGAUGCCGGUCAACUUUUGAACUUACUUGAAGGUUUUUAUUAUUAUGGGAGAAUAAAAAAUCCAAACCUACAUGGCCCUGUGUGAAAAAGUGUUUUCCCCUAAACUUAACUUGUUGGGCCACCCUUAUAAUGCAGCAACAACUGCAAUCAAGCGUUUGCAAUAACUUGCAAUGAGUCUUUACAGCGUUGUGGAGGAAUUUUGGCUUCAAUCAUCUUUGCAGAAUUGUUGUAAUUCAGCAACGUUGGAGGGUUUUCCAGCAUGAACCACCUUUUUAAGGUCAUGCCACAUCAUCUCAAUAGGAUACAGGUCAAGACUUUGACUAGGCCACUCCAAAGUCUUCACUGUGUUUUUCUUCAGCCAUUCAGAGGUGGACUUGCUGGUGUGUUUUGGAUCAUUGUCCUGCUGCAGAAUCCAAGUUUGUUUCAGCUUGAAGUUACAGAAGGAUAGCCUAACAUUCCUAACAGUCAGUCCCAAGAGUAUUUUCCCCAAACGUUUUGGGGUUCGUCAAGAUGUUGUCUGGCACAAUUAAACUGAGCCUUA